CCGUAGAGUCGCUACACAACUUAAUCGAAGGCGCGCGCGCCGGUACGCAACACGUUUCGCGUCCACACAACUCAAACCGCUCGUUAUCACAGUGAUAUCAAUUAAACCCAUCUAAAACACACUUAUUGUACGCAGUGAAAUAUUUCGUGGUAUUUUUAGUGAUAUAUAUGUGGGAGAAAAGUUGAUACAAUUCCGUGCCACGAGCCAUGUGACUGCAACGAAAGCGGAUAAAUAAAAGUAAUGUGGUUGGUGGCAGCAGUGGUCUCCCUGUGGGUGGUGCUCAGCACCGCGACGCUGUGCGAGGAGGCGCGUAUGCGCUGCGCUUACCGCAGUGGGUGUGGUGCAGCUCUCAACAACUACAUGAUGCUGUGCAGCGAUGUGCUCGCCCAGCCCUCUGACCACUGUCCCAAGGAGUGCGAGCAUGCCCUCAUAGCUCUAACGUCUACUGAAGAGGGAAAGGAAUUAAUGAAUUGCCAGUGUGAAGAUGAAUACUGCGUGGAUGCGAAACAGAAGAUCUAUGUGUGUCGGGCGCAGGUUUUGAAGGGAGCUGCUGACGCCACCGCCUCCUGCCGCUUAUCGCAACUCAUCUGCCUCGCUGACGCACAGUGUGCCACGGCAUUACGUUAUUAUAACCAGAAUUGUCGCUCAGUUUAUCGUGGAAGAAAGUGCUCUAAGAAAUGUCUUAACUCCAUUGAGAUUUUAAGGAAACAAGAGAAGGCUGCUGCAUUAACAGCAUGCAGGUGCGACGGCAAUGAAGAUUAUGAUUGCCCGAGGAUGCAAAGUAAUCUAGCGAAGCUAUGCUUUCACAAACAUCUGAAAAACCACACGAGAAGCCACGAAAGAGGGUAUGAGGAGAGACACCGGAAGCACCAUGAAGCGUCCGCAGCUAACAAAUGUAUUAUAUCUGUGAUUAUAAUUUCCCUUUGCCUUCUCUUCAGCUUGAAGUUCAAAUCGUGACGGUGAUUUGCCUUACCUUAUUUGUUAGUAAACAAAUACGUCAAUGUAUAUAAGUUUGUACAAAUAGUAUUAAGGUCGCAAGGUUGCGUGUGUGUGUGAGCAGAUUGCUUUAAGUUGUCGUUUAUUUGAGUGUACUUGCAGUUAAUAUAGAUAUUCGAAUAAGACUUAUACGCUUUCGCCGCCCACGGGGGCCUGCGCGGGCGUCGCUAUAAAUACGGCGGCGCCGGUGGUCCGGUGACAAAUGCUAGGGUGUAUCGUCCCGACGCCAAAACUACGCCGAUUGAUCUAACGGUUGUCUUAACUUGUCAAGUAAUAAUGAAUGCGCUUAUUUAACAUAUCAAAAAUUUGUUUCACUCGCCGUAUAAAUGACAGCGAACGAGAGGUUAAAGGAAGUGGGUGUCUCCAGCGUCCCUGUGUGUACGCUAAUCGCCUUUGAGUCGGAAGUGUUAUGCGGGACGCAGUGAUCGUGGCGUUGUCGAAAGAGCUCUUUUUUUAAAGUCAACUUCCUUGUACUUCUGUCAUCCGUUCGUUUUAAUGACCAAACCGAAUACAUGAAUCAUAUAUACCAAUUAAGCACGUUCUUGCGUUGGGUUCAGAACUUUUUCUGCAACCAAAAUUGAUGUUCCGACAAUAUUAAUUCCUUAUUUGAAUUUAGUGUAAUUUCAAUGUCCCCAAUUGAACGUUUCCAAGUAUGAAAUUUCUUCGAAAAGCGUAUGACAGCGUUGUUUCUUCAUAAGUCUCGGACCUUGUAAUGAAGAUAUUGGAACCGGUUCGGGGCAAGGUCCCACG